AAUAUACCUGUUAUACCAAAGUGCACUUCAUAAAGAAAACGUAGCUAGUCAUUUCGGAAUUCAUAAUUCAAGUUGUAAUAGAACUAAUUUCUUUUAAUCUGAGAAAAGUAUCGAAAUCUACAUCUAGAACUUUCGUGCAAAUUUCCACAUGAACGUUUAUUUUUAUGGGAAUCUCCGGAAAAUUCUAGCACAAUCAACCAGACUGUAUAUAUUUCCAGCCAUUCCUAGCAGACUAAACAAGACUACAAAGUGUAACAAAGUGCUCGAAGUAUCAGUUUAAAGGUUACAACUCACAUAUAAUAGCAUUGCUCUGUGUAUUAUUAUUUACAUCUAGGAUUUAGAUCUAGACUAAUCUACACAGAGAAAAUGAUUCGAAUUGUUCGACAACCAAAUUACUUUGAUGAAGUUUUGCCUCUUGCUCGCUUAGCAGACGAACUCUCUGGUAAUUAUGAUCCUGGUUAUAGCUUCAAUCAUGUGUCUUCUGGUGACGAUAGAGCAAUCGCUCGUCGAUAUGGAGAUUCUGAGAUUCACAACACUGACAAGGAAUUCCGUGUUCGAAUGGACCUACAUCACUACAAACCUGAAGAAGUGAAGAUAACCUCAGACAACACCAAGAUAACUAUCAAUGCCAAGCAUGAAGAAAAACAGGACAACCAUGGCUUUGUCUCACGAGAAAUUACUAGAAUAUACAAAUUGCCAGAGAAUGUUGACCCUUCAUCUAUUUCAUCAACAAUGAAUGCACAUGGUAUUCUCAACAUCAGAGUCCAGAAAAAAGCUUUAGAAGAAUCAAAGGAAACAGUCAUUCCAGUUACUUUUAAGUAGUUUCCAAGUAAUUAUUAGUUUCUUAAUAAAAAAAAAAAUUUUUUUAUAAUUUAAAAUGUAUAAGUUAACAAAAUGUUUACUAGUUAUAUCAGUUAGUACAUUUUUUAAAAAUGUGUACGUUUUGUUUCUGUCAGUUUGAUUGUUAGCAAUGCAUCAUUUGAUUUUGUCUUAAUUAAUUAUUGGUAUUCAUUGAUUGUUUUUUUACCGUAGUAAAUGCUAACAUUGCAUUAUAUUUGUAUGGUGAUUGUAUUAUUUAUUGAAAACAUUUUUUAGCAUUUCUUAAAACUGUUUAAUUAUAGUAUGUUUGAAUAUACAUUUAAAAAAAGAACAUUGUUCAAAUUGUUAUUGUUAUAAUAAAAUGUUAAAAAUUG